GCCCCGCCUCGGUCAGCUGGGUUCCGUGUCCAGCCCGCUGCGGAGCAUCCCGGGCGGCGCGAACGGCCUAGCCAUGUCCGCAGCCAUGAGGGAGAGGUUCGACCGGUUCCUGCACGAGAAGAACUGCAUGACCGACCUCCUGGCCAAGCUCGAGGCCAAGACCGGAGUGAACCGGAGCUUCAUCGCGCUCGGUGUCAUCGGACUGGUGGCUUUGUAUCUGGUGUUCGGUUAUGGAGCCUCUCUCCUCUGCAACCUGAUAGGUUUCGGAUAUCCAGCCUACAUCUCAAUGAAAGCCAUUGAGAGUCCCAACAAAGAUGAUGACACCCAGUGGCUGACGUACUGGGUGGUGUACGGCGUGUUCAGCAUUGCCGAGUUCUUUUCCGAUCUCUUCCUGUCCUGGUUCCCCUUCUACUACAUGCUGAAGUGUGGCUUCCUGUUGUGGUGCAUGGCCCCCAGCCCGUCUAACGGGGCUGAGCUGCUCUACAGACGCAUCAUUCGUCCUGUCUUCCUGAAGCACGAGUCCCAGGUAGACAGCGUGGUGAAGGACGUGAAAGACAAAGCCAAAGAGACUGCAGACGCCAUCACUAAAGAAGUCAAGAAAGCGACGGUGAACUUGCUGGGUGAUGAAAAGAAGAGCACCUGAGCCCCUGCUGGAUGGCCCCACCUCCACCCUCGCUCCCUUAGAGCGCCAUGUCACGCUAGGGACAGUGGCACAGUCGUUGAAUUAUGUUGCCUUGGAAACUUCCCGAUGUAUUAAAAGUGGAAUGUGUUGUAA